AAGGGUUGGGCCAGACAAGUUAACUUUGGGACUGUCUUCCUUUUACUGAAGCCGCGGCGAGUGUGAGAGUUGCUGCUGAGUGAAUCCCGACUCUGACAGGUGGUCAGUUACUUGAAGGUAUACCAGAGGAUUUCUGGAACCCAGGUUUCUAGCUAACCACCUUUCAGAGAGCUGUCAGCCCCUUGGUUCGUGUCCUGAGCUUAGUUUUUGCUGUAUAAAUCUGUGGAUACCGCCUUUUGCAUCUAAAGGUUUUGGAAGUGCCAUUUUGAAACAUGUUGGCAGAGAUGGGGGCACGAGCUGCCCAAGUAUAUGCAAAUCUUCUGAAAGGAGAUCCAAGGAUUGAAGAAUACCCGCUAAUGGUAUCUCCUGUCCCUAUGACUGCAAUCCUCUUGUUCUACGUGUAUUUUGUACUGUCGCUGGGACCCAGGCUCAUGGCUGGCAAGAAACCUUUCGACCUUAAAAAGAUUAUGGUUGUCUAUAAUUUUGCACUGGUGUUUUUCUCGAUAUACAUAGUAUAUGAGUUUUUGAUGGCUGGCUGGGCUACAGGAUAUACAUUCCGGUGCGAUCCAGUGGAUUAUUCAAAUAGCCCCAGAGCUCUUCGAAUGGUGCGUGUGGCGUGGCUGUUCCUAUUUUCCAAAUUUGUUGAACUGUUUGACACAGUAUUCUUUGUUUUGCGGAAGAAAAACAGCCAGAUUACCUUCCUUCACAUCUUCCACCAUUCAAUUAUGCCUUGGACCUGGUGGUGGGGAGUUAAGUUUGGACCAGGUGGUAUGGGAUCCUUCCACGCCAUGGUGAACUCAAUUGUCCAUGUCAUCAUGUACUUCUAUUAUGGGUUGUCUGCAGCUGGUCCAGCUUUUCAGAAAUACCUCUGGUGGAAAAAGUAUAUGACAGCAAUACAACUGGUGCAGUUUGUCAUCGUCUCUCUGCAUGUCACCCAAUACUACUUCAUGGAUCAUUGUGAUUACCAGUUCCCCAUCUUUAUCCAUCUUGUGUGGAUGUACGGAACAUUCUUUUUCAUUCUCUUCUCCAACUUCUGGUACCAGGCGUACACAAAGGGCAGGAGGCUUCCCAAAGGAGAAAAACAGAAAGCAGCCAUGAAGAAUGGAAGGCCGGCAGCAGAGAAUGGUGGGCACUUGCUGGAAAAUGGGGAGUUGAUGAAUGGAAAAGUGAAGACAAAUUAGCAGGAGCAUAACUUUUUAAAUAAACCAAUUAUUGUAUUUUUGUUUUUGGCAAGUUUUCAGGAGGGAGGGUGCAGCGAUUUAAGCUGGUUUUGAACUUGACUUAAGAAUUUCAUACAGUCUAUUUAAUCACUCUGGCACCACGUUGGAAUUCAAUCUGGGAAAAGUUGUCUGACUAAAUGUUUUAAGGAUCCUGUGUAAUUAACAAAUGAUGGGUUUAUGGCUAAUCAAGUCUCGGUUUUGUUUGGAAUCCUUGCACUUUUCUAACUGACAUUGGUUACAAGGAUAAAGCAGAUUGUGUGACAUGGGGAAAAAGGUGGACCCCGUGCCUCCUGACUAAGAGAAGGCCAGUUCAACACUAGUCUGUGCUUCAGACUGAACUGUGGGAUGCUCUGUUUCCUGAGCAGUUGAAUAUGUGCAGUUUUCCGGUCUCUGCUAUUUCCCUCUACCACCAGUGUUGCAUCUAAUAGUACCCCAGGUCUGCAAAGAACUAACGGUGUAACGGUGUUGCCUUUAACCCUUCCUCUGAAAAUCUGCAAACAAUUACACCUAAUGCUGUUGAGUCUAGCCACCAUCACAGCAGUUGAAGGAAUGAGAUUUCCUUCAAAUGGCCCACCUGCUUGGGUGAGUCUUUAGUAAUUUAUAAUAUCUAGUUACAAAUUUAAGAUUAAAGCUCUUUUCACUAAAAAUUGUAAUUAAUUAGAUUUUUAGAUUUUUAUUUACUUCAAGCAAUAUUGCUGUAUAUUUUGGGAAUGAAAGAAACCACAAUGUUUGAGAACUGCUUGGUGGGACAGUGUUAAUGUGGUCCUUACAGCAGGGAAUUUUUUAUUGAUGUUUUGUGGUGGGCAGGUAGAAGAGUCAACUUUUAAUCAUUCAGUACUUGCUAAAUAUCCUGUAGGCAGAGUGUCCCAUAAAUAACCCUUUUCCUCUUGAUCUGUCAUCUAGUGGGGACAAAAUGACAAGCCUGUCAAGGGUAGUGCUGAACAUCCCCCUCAAAGUAAGUUCUAAUUGGUCUCUGGAGUGAAAUGGAUACUGUGGCUAGAACCAGAAUUGUCUAGUCAGUGUGUGGGGCAGAAAUUUCUUUGAAGAAAACUGUAAACUUUCAGUGUAGGACUUGAAUUAUAACUUUCCUUUUUUAUUCUGUACAAUUUUAACUUAAUGUUGCAGGAUUAAUAGGACCUAAACUGAUGCUGUGUACAUAGUUUCCCUUCAGUCACUGCUAGCUGUAGGCAGAGGUGAGCAUCAUAUUGAAGUAACCCCAGACAUAAACUGUCAAGGCAUUCAUCAGCCAUAUUGAACUCCAUUUUAGGAGUUUUACAAAAUGCAGUACAGAAUGGGGUAGGGGAAGGAAAGCAGUACAGCUAUAUUCUUUAGUUCUUUGCAAAUCUAUCUUAUUGCAGUCAAGAAGAUCCCCAUGAGUAAAAACAGUGAAGGAAGAUCUAUGGGAUUAUGAUCUCACAGGAGCAAGUUCCAAUAGGAAUUUUCUGACUCUGAAAUAAAUUCAAUUUCAAAACUCAAA